CGCCAGCUGGAAAAAAAGGUAAACAACGAUGGCCGCCCUCGCUGCACGUCGCUUUUCGUGGCUCCUCGCAAAUCGUCCCAAUCUCGUCCGACUGUCCGCGCACAGAUGCUGUUCGGACAAACCGACCGAUGCAGAAACUCCAGAGGAAUCGACCAAGCAGAAAAAGUUGAGCGGCUUCGCGCAGUCCUUCCAGAGGCAGUUCAAAUCGCAGGAGGCUGCGGUUCCGCACACCCCUGCCCAAGAUGAAUCUUUUGCCACUCUACUGCGGAAUUCAAAAUUCAUGGAUCUUGGUGAUCCAAAGGGUAAAAUCGUGAGCGGAUAUAUUUACCACAUUGUGGGUGACGACCUGUACAUUGAUUUUGGUUUCAAAUUUCCCUGCGUCUGCAUUCGACCAGCAAGGAAUGGAGCAGCUUACGUUCGUGGAGCCAAAGUGAGGUUGCGAAUCAAUGAACUGGAACUGUCCACUCGAUUUUUAGGAUCAGAACGAGACAUGACACUUCUGGAGGCGGACUGUACUUUGCUAGGCCUCAUUUACUCCCCUGCGCAAGCAUUCCAAGCAAGCAGGGGUCCAUCAGUAGUACCUUUGUGAAGUAAAAUAGUUUCAAUCUAGUAAAAUAAUCCCAAGGAUAUUAAAAUAAAAACUUAUGUCAACAAAGCAGGAGUAUAUUUCUGAAUCAAA